ACCAUGACCGUCUUCCUAUGUGUCAGGAUGUGGAGAUUAGAGUAAACGCAGCUAAAUAUCUGCCUCGCAUCAAUGAACUGCUGAACAAAGUCCCUCGCCAAAUGCUUCUGCUCCUAAAGACUAAUGACCUGCUUCGAGGGAUUGAAACGUCGCUCCAGACACGAGCCAAUGCUACUUCCUUUAUCAACAUGUCACGUUGUUGUGUCAGAGCUUUGUCCAGGCACGAGAGGGAUAAAUGUCAGUCCUGGUACGGGAAGCUGAAAAUCUCCAUGUCUGAGACGCUUGAUCUUUGGCAGAUCAACCUCUAUGAGGCAUUGCUCUGGAUUAAGGCAUCGUUGCUGAGCACCUGGAUUGCUGAGAUUCUGGGCUAUCAUCAUCCUCACCUGCAAUGAAGCUGCUGUCUGCCAAAGAAAAGAUGAAUAUUUAUUUUCCAGUUCUUUAUUCCCCUGCAGCACUUGACACCUACUCUGGCCAGUCUCCCAGAUUCCCCAUGUGCUGUGAUGUUACAGCAGACCAGGCCUAAUUAAUAACAAAAACAGAAAUUGCUGGAAAAGCUCAGCAGGUCUGGCAGCAUCUGUGGAGGAAAUCAGAAUUAAUUUUUCGGAUCUAGUGACACUUCCUCAGGAGACAAAUUAAUGUCUAGCUUGGUUAAGAGUUUGUUUCCAUCACUGUUAAAGGUUAAACUGAUUAUCAUA